UGGGAAAAUCACACUGUAAUGACUGAAUUUAUACUCCAGGGAUUUUCAGAUCUCCAGACAUUACCGGGCAUUCUGCUGUUUGUUGUAGUGUUAGUUAUGUAUACAGUAACUAUGAUGGGAAACAGCCUCAACAUUACGCUCAUAUUGGCUUACCCUCUUCUCCACACCCCCAUGUAUUUUUUCCUCAGCAACCUGUCCUUCCUGGAGAUCUGUUACACCUCAGUCACCACCCCCAAGAUGCUGGUGAAUUUGCUAGUGGAGCUGAGAACCAUCUCCUACUCGGGAUGCAUUGCACAGAUGUGCUUCUUUUCCCUUCUAGGAACAGCUGAGUGUUUGCUCCUGGCUGCCAUGGCAUAUGACCGGUUCAUGGCCAUAUGCCACCCCCUGUGUUACGUGUUCGCAAUGAACAGGAGGGUGUGUGGGUGUCUGGUGGCUGGCUCAUGGCUGGGUGGGGUCGCGGUGGCACUGAUACAGACUGCUCUGAUAGCCAAGGUGCCAUUCUGUGGGUCUAAUGCCAUCGACCACUUCUUCUGCGACAUCGUGCCCCUGAUACAGCUGGCUUGUGGCGAUACCUCUGUGAAUUGGACUGAGCUCCUUGCGGUGGCCACCUUCGUGGUGAUCAUCCCCUUUGGCAUGAUCCUAGUCUCCUACAUCUGCAUCAUCUCCACCAUCCUGAGGAUGCCCUCAGCUGAGGGCAGGGGCAAGGCCUUCUCCACCUGCUCCUCACACCUCAUGGGGGUUUUCUUGUUCUAUGGAACAUGCUGCAUGAUGUAUUUAAGCCCCACCUCCAGCAACUCACUUGGUAUUGACAAACUGUUCGCCCUGCUGUAUACAAUGGUUACGCCAAUGCUAAACCCCAUUAUUUACUGCCUGAGAAACAAAGAAGUGAAAGGGGCCCUGAGGAACUUCCUGGGCAGAACAAAAUGUGCACCUCAGCUAUGA